AUGCGACCACUUUUGGUUCUAGUGGGCUUGCUCGCCCGGUUGAUUCUUAGCGAGGCUGUUGAGCUAUCAGGCUAUGAGUACAUCGUGGUCGGCUCUGGGGCAGGAGGUGGUCCUUUAGCAGCUCGACUGGCCUUGGCAGGUCACAGCACCCUUCUUAUCGAAGCUGGAGAUGACCAGGGAGCAAAUGUGAACUAUACCGUUCCCGCUUUCUCCGCGGCAGCUUCUGAGGAUGAAGCCCUGGCAUGGAACUUCUACGUCAAGCACUACGCCGAUGAGUCUCGGCAAAAGCUCGACUUCAAGACAACCUACGAGACACCCGACGGCCAAGAGUAUACGGGGUUGAACCCACCUGCCGGUUCCACAAUGAAGGGCACACUUUAUCCCCGUACCGGAACCCUUGGUGGUUGUACGGCGCACAACGCCCUGGUUACCGUCUACCCACACGACUCCGACUUUGACUACCUUGCCACACUCACCGGAGAUGCGUCGUGGUCACCCGACAACAUGCGCAAGUACAUGGAGCGUAUGGAGAACAACCGCUAUCUGCUCCCGUUGCUUAAGGGCCACGGUUACGAUGGUUGGUUAAGCACCGAGACCGCACCGCUGGAUAUUGUCCUGAAAGAUCCUCAGCUUCUUAGCUUGUUGCUUGGCGGAGCAUUUUCGCUAGGCAAUGUGACGAAUACGGUUUUCAAUCUCGGUACCCUACUCGCUGGGGACGCAAACUCGGCCGCAGCCCACCGCGAUACCACACCGGGAUACUAUCAAGUCCCGCUAGCGUCGGAUGGAAGCUCCCGUAACGGUCCUCGUGAGUUUGUGACUGCCGUUAGGGAUGCAAAGAAUGCCGACGGGUCUAAGAAGUUCCCUCUCGACAUCCGUAUGAACUGCCAUGUGACCAAGGUCACCUUUGACGAGAGCACCCCUCCGCGCGCUACGGGCGUCGAAUUCCUGGACGGCAAGUAUCUGUAUAGCGCCAGCCCGCGCUCCAAGACCGCCGGCAAGGGAACACUAGGAUCAGCGACAGCUUCGCGCGAGGUUAUCGUCUCCGGCGGUGUGUACAACUCGCCCCAGAUCCUGAAGCUUAGUGGUAUUGGACCAGGGGAGGAGCUGCAGAAGUUUGGAAUCAAGGUUAUCUCUAACCUUCCAGGCGUUGGAACGAACCUGCAAGACCAUUACGAGGUUGCGGUACAAGGCCAUGUCCCGAAGAACUUCACUGCCCUUGAUGGAUGCACGUUCAAUCAUGGUAAUGAUCCUUGUCUGGACCGUUGGAAUAACCCAGUCCUUGGCAACCACGGCAUCUACUCGUCUAAUGGAUUCGGAGCUGCUAUGCUGUACAAGAGCUCCGUGACUGCAGAUGAUAGCUUCGAUGUCUUUGUGUUCGGCGGACCUAUCAACUUCCGUGGAUAUUUCCCUGGAUACGGUGUUAAUAUCACCGAGCGCCAUGACUGGUUUACCUGGGCGCUUCUGAAAGCCCACCCUCGUAACACAGCUGGGACUGUAAUGCUCCGCUCUGCCGAUCCGCUCGACAUGCCCGAUAUUACUUUCAACUACUUUGACACCGGCUCUGGUGACUAUGAAAAGGAUUUGGAGGCUAUCACAGAGGCUAUUGGCGUUGCGCGUGGCGCCUUCGACCGUCAGGUGGUUGAUGUAGCUGAAGUGCUCCCUGGUGAUGACGUCCAAACUGAUGAGGAGAUCCACGAUUACAUCAAGAAUACGGCCUGGGGUCACCACGCUUCCUGCACUUGCCCAAUUGGAACCGAUGAUGAUCCUAUGGCUGUUUUGGAUUCGGACUUCCAAGUUCGUGGAGUCUCGGGCCUCCGCGUUGUGGAUGCGUCUGUGUAUCCCCGUAUUCCUGGAACAUUCACUGCUCUUUCCACGUUCUUGGUGGGCGAGAAGGCAGCCGAUGUGAUCCUGGAAGCAGCGAAAACGAGCCAGUGA